AUGGGGGCUAGACAGGGCCGCCAUGGUAAGGGAUCCAUCUUUGUGUUUGCUGCAGGAAACGGUGGAAUUAAUGGCGAUAGCUGUGCGUUCAAUGGCUAUGUGAACAGCAUUCAUACGAUAGCCAUCUCCGGGGUGGACUGGGACGGCUUGGUACCAGCAUACACUGAACCGUGCGCGGCCAUCAUGGCUGUGACGUAUGGGCAAGAUGUGUUUGCCUAUAAGAAAACUGACCCUUCCCUUGUAACAGCUAAAGGAGCCCAUGAUUGCACACAGUGGUUUCCAGGUUCUUCGACUAGUACUGCGUUUGCUUCUGGUAUCAUUGCUUUGACACUGCAGGCAAAUUUUAUUAUUUACAAUUUUGUAGGAGGACCCUUCUGUAAAGUACUUUUGAGUCAAGUUGGUGUCCUCAAUAAAGAUGAUAAUGAUGAUGAUAAUGAUGAUGAUUAUCAUUAA